CUUAGUGACCUCUAUAUAAAUAUUGGCCAGUUCAGGAAUGUCAUAGCUCAAGGUCAGUCUGCACACAGUUCCUAUUGUAAGAGACACAAAAAUGCCUAAGAACAGGGAACUUGUUAUUGAAUUUCUGAAUAAUGCAUUAGUUGAGGGUGCCAGAAUACCCCCAGAGGAUCAGAUCUUUUUCUACAAGGGAGUGUCGUACCCUGCUGCAGUUUGCAACCCAGACACUUUCAAAGCUCUUGAAUCCUUUGAAGCCAGGAUGGAUGAUAUAAUCCUGGCAGGAUAUCCCAAAACUGGCACUAACUGGCUCGAUCAUAUCCUAAAUAACUUGGAAAAUACGGCUGCAAAAUAUACAGAAGAAGAAAUGAAAAAGAUAAUGAAUCUUGAAAAGGAAUUGGAAGUAACUCCGCGGCUUGAGUUUGGAGAUCCAGAUAAAUUCCAGAGGAUGAAGAAAUUACCUUCUAGAAGAAUCAUCAUUACUCAUCUGUCUCCUCAUUCACUUCCUUCAUCUGUUUUUAAAAAUAAAGCUAAGAUACUGGUGCUGAUUCGAAACCCCAAAGACACGCUGGUAUCUUAUUAUCAUUUUAUAAACACAGUGGGGGUUUUUCCUCCUUCAACGUGGGAUGAUCAUUUUGCCAAUUUUAUGGAUGGGACAGUGGCCUGGGGCUCCUAUUUUGACUAUGUAGCAGAAUGGGACAAAUAUAUUGAUGACAAAAACAUUAUAGCCAUCAGUUAUGAAGAACUAAAGGAGAAUCUGAAUGAGUAUUUGAAAAAAAUAGCUGAGUUCCUUGGAUUUUCUCUGAAUGAAGAAGAGAUUCAAACUAUAGUAGACAAGAGUACCUUCACAGCUAUGAAACAGAAAGCCUCAGAAACUCAUGGAGCAUUUGGUGACAUCUUGUUCCGUAAAGGAUCUGUUGGUGAUUGGAAAAGCAUGCUCUCAGAAUCCCAGAACAAAGAAAUGGACAGAAGGUUUGAAGAGUGUUUAUCCAGAACAAAACUAGGAGCCAAGAUAAAAUAUGAUUUUUACUGUAAGAUCUAAUGAAGCAACUGUUUUGAAACAGCUCUCAUGAAGUCCAUACAAUUUGCUGUGCUUCUCUAUGUACACAGGCAGUUUACAUGUCAUUUGCUUUUAAAAAUGGUAUCAUUUCAGCUGAACAAACAAUUGCAGCAAUUUC